ACCAAAUGAAUACAAUUAUUAUUAUUAUUAUUAUUACUUACGUACUUACUCCCGCCGCAUCACCGUGCCGUCGCGCAGCGCAUUUUCCUCUGACGCACUCUGCUGUGAUUGGCCGUUGGAUGGACGUGAACGUGGCUCACCCGUUGAACGUUCUGCGCGCGAAAGUAUUAUAUUUUUUAAUACCAAAAAUUUUAUCGCGCAUUCACAUUGCGAUUGAGGUAUAUCGCGGUCGUUACUGCAUUCAAUUAAAUCAACUUCAUUUAACAAAAACACAAUAUGCCACCCAAGACCAGCGGCAAGGCUGCCAAGAAAUCUGGCAAGGCGCAGAAGAACAUCUCUAAGACUGACAAGAAGAAGAAGCACAAGAGGAAGGAGAGUUACGCAAUUUACAUUUACAAAGUGCUCAAGCAGGUCCAUCCUGACACCGGAAUAUCCAGCAAGGCGAUGUCGAUAAUGAACUCGUUUGUGAAUGACAUUUUCGAACGCAUCGCUGCGGAAGCAUCUCGUCUGGCGCAUUACAACAAGCGCUCCACCAUCACAUCCAGGGAGGUGCAAACAUCUGUACGUCUCCUUCUGCCAGGCGAGCUGGCAAAGCACGCAGUCAGUGAGGGUACCAAAGCUGUCACCAAGUACACCAGUUCAAAGUGAGAGCUACUAGCUAGAUAGUAAUGUAAAAUCGGUGGUGUGUGUGUGUAUGUACGUAAACGCACGCAUGCACGCAACCCGAACAUACAUACAACUUAUGUCAUCCAAAAGGCCCUUUUCAGGGCCACAAUAUAUUUCAUGAAAUCACAGUUCAAACGCUCGCACGCACGCGCACGCACGCACGCACGAAGAUUAAGUUAAGUUAUUAUUAUAAUUUAAUUUGAUCCGAUGUUGUGUGCGUACGAUGUGUGAUGUUUUUGUGAGUGUGUGUGUAAUGUGUAUUGUUGUUUCUUUAAGGCAUCUCGUCACAAAAAAAAAAAUAAAUAAAAAAAAAAUAAUAAUAUAAAUAUAAUAAUUUAUAAUAAGUAAUAAAAUAAUACAAAAUUCAUUGUAAUAAUUCUCAACUGCUCUCAAGUGCUGAAUAAUAGUAGGUGAACCCUAGAGAGCACGUGGAGUUUUAAAAUAAAAUUUAAUAUGUGAGUAAUAGGUACA